GGCGGUUCUGAACCGAAUGGCUCGGUUCCGAACCAAAUGGGCAAGUGUAAUUAGUAAGAUGAUGGAGAAAUUGUAAUUUAAAUCAAAGGUAGAGAGAGAGGGACAGCGGGCGGGGGAAUUGUAAAAAGUUUCAAAAUACAAAUAACUUCGAUGAAAUAAAAACCGCCCAUCCCACACAAAUCUCGCAUUCAAAACCCUCUCAUCUGCUCCGCCGCCAACGGCCGCGUUUCUCUCCGGUCCCCUCUCCGCAGAUUCGAUCAUAGCUCAUUUCUUCGGGUGAACUGGUGGGCAGUGGAAGCUAAUCACUCGUCCUUCGAUUGUCCGAUAAUAGUACGAUGGGUAGAAGUCCAAGCCCGAGAAUGGGAAGGGGUCUAAGCCCGCAGCUUCGUCAAGAAUUGGAAAACCUCGAUAAAGAUGCUGCAAGUAGCAAGUCAGCAAUGAGAGCUUUGAAGUCGUAUGUGAAAGAUUUGGAUUCGAAGGCAAUACCUCUCUUUCUUGCUCAGGUUUCGGAGACAAAACAAUGUAGCACAUCAUCUGGUGAGCACACAAUAUCACUAUAUGAGGUUCUUGCUCGAGUGCACGGAUCAAAAAUUGUCCCCGAGAUUGACAACAUAAUGAGCACAAUCGUGAAGACCUUGUCCUUGAGUUCCGGAGCUUUUGCGCUUCAUCAAGCUUGCUCAAAGGUUGUUCCAGCUAUAGCUAGGUAUGCGAUUGAUCCGACAACAGCAGAGGAUAAGAAGAGAUACAUAAUCCACUCUCUAUGCAAACCCCUUUCCGACUGUCUUUUGGCUAGCCAAGACAAUACAUCCUCUGGCGCUGCUCUGUGCUUACAGGCGCUUGUUGAAUCCGAUAAUUGGCGAUUUUCUUCGAGUGAAAUGGUGAAUGAGGUUUGUCAGAGAGUCGCAGGGGCUUUGGAGAAACAUUCGCAGACGAAUUCGCAAAUGUCCUUAGUUUCUGCCUUGGCUAAACACAAUUCUCUCAUUGUCGAAGCCUAUGCUAGACUGUUGGUAAGGUCCGGACUGCAGAUUCUCGAUGAUGGUUAUUCUGAAGUAAAUUCUCAAAAACAGUUGUCGGCAAUACACAUGCUCAAUUCUCUGAUGAGAUGUUUGGACCUGAAAAGUAUAUCGUCUGAACUCGAGCUGGUAAUGAAGGAAAUGGAAAAGUGCCAGUCGGAUCGAAUGCCAUUUGUAGCUCGAGCAGCCUUCGAAACACUGCAGCUUGCAAAGAAAUUAUGUGCUGAAAAUGGCGCGAAAACAGUAAGGAGGAUGGUUAAUUCUGGUGACCAAUCUCCGAUUUUCACUACAUCGCCCGAGUCGCAUACUGUUGCAUCUUCUGUCGGAUAUAAUUAUGGCAUCGAAUCACCCAAUUCGAUAUGUCAAGGCCAGCACGGAUUGAGUUACCAACGCAGCGUCAACCGAAGACUUUGGCGAAAGUUUGAAAAUGGAAUUCUUGAUAUCUCUUUAAAAGACGGCAUUUUCUCAGAUAUAACUCGAGGGAGUGAUGAUUUAAACGCCGGAUUCGAUGAGAACGACUGCCUAAAUUUCACCGGCUUUCUUCAAGGAGACGCAGAAAGUGGAAGUGUAAGAAGCCGCACCCCGAGCCCUCAGCGAUCGAAUGCUCGUUCUAACAUUGACGACGUGAAGAUCUUCACUACCCCAAGGAAGCUCAUCCACUCACUUCAGGAUCAAGAAAACUCCAACUCGGCCUGCUGCAAUGGACAUAAAAAUAUUAGGAAAUUCGCGUGGACGCCUCCUGCAUCAGGGCAUGAACAGAUUGCCUUUUCUGAAGAUGUCGAUUGUCAGAAUGGCGAGCACUUCCACGAGAAGCCGGAGUCAGUUUCUUCGACAGAAGAAAAUGGCAGAGGCUUGGUGAUGUCGAAAGAGGCAGCUCCAGAAGUGGAAUUUCGAAAGAAAGGUGAAGACAACUAUGGUUAUUGCAGCAGCAGAGGCAGCAUUGCUGGUUGUCUUUGCGUCGCAUUUCUUGCCGCGACGAUGAUGUGUUUGUUGGCUAUUGGUAAUGAGGAGGAUUGUUGCAUCCCUAUUCCAACUUGAGCUGUUGUUGAAAAUACGCAUCGGGUAAACCUCCGGCCGAAUUUGACAAGACAAAUCACACUGGGGAAAUCAUAUAUGGCAGAUAAAUACGAAAGCAUCAGGUUUGAACAUAUGAUUUUACGGUCAAUAUUGUAAUUUGAUUAUUUAAGGUGUGAGUUAAUGCUGCAUUGAGUUUGGCUUAUAAUAGUGCUAUUUAACAAAUAAUAAUAAUAAUAAUAAUAAUAAUAAUAAAUCUGUUGUAGUAUUUGAGAAAUUUAUUGGACUAUAUAAAACAUUAACGUGUGCUGAGUACAUUUAUUACUAUGCAUUAGAGAAAAGAAUGAGACACCUCAAAAAUGAUUUCGAAAUCAAUUAUGAGGUUAUUAUA